UGAGAUGCAGAAUGUGAAGAGUACUUUAAGAAGUCUCUGUUUCUGGGGGGGAGAUUGGUGGCAAUGACUACAACUAUCCCUCUUUUGUCGGUGGAAGCAUUAAACAGCUGCAUGCUUUGGUACCGCCAGUCGUUGGAGCCAUGACUCGUGCCGUCAGCAUGCUGAUAGAAGAAGGGGCUGUGGAUCCGGUGGUGCCGGGAAACUUGCCGGUAGGCUGCUCCGCGGUGUAUCUAACUUUGUUUCGUAGCCCCGAUAGGUCGGCUUACGACUUGAGAACCGGAUGUCUUAGGGUUUAUAAUGCUUUUGCCAAGUAUCACAAUAACUACCUCAAGCAAGAAUUGCAAAAUUUGAGAGAACAAUACCCUCAUGCAAGAAUCAUGUACGCUGAUUAUUACGGCGCCUCCAAGUCUAUCUAUCACGCUCCCAAGCACUACGGCUUUUACGAAGGGACACUGAGGGCCUGUUGUGGAGGAGGUGGUCCGUACAACUUCAAUAAUUCAGCAAGGUGCGGUCACACCGGCUCGACCGCUUGCAGGGAUCCAUCAGCUUUCGUCAAUUGGGACGAGAUUCACUUGACCGAGUCUGCUUAUCAUCACAUUGCCACUCGUAACUUAAUUUAA